CCCCAUAGGAGGUCGCUCCACCUUUUCUCUGGAGUGGCAAUUGAUGGUGGCGGGCGCUGGCUGCUGGCGGUUGAGCUCCGGCUGUGGCUCAGUGGAUGGGGCGCGGUUCUUUGCCAACACUUAUUGCCAAAAAGGAGGGACAAAAAAAACUAAAAUCAACCAGCUUGUGGGUGGACAAAUACAGCGGGUUCCUGGUUCUACUGGCGACUGUUCCGGAUAAAAUCCAAUGGAGUCCCCGGGUAUUGUGGUCCUGGUGGCAGCCUCUGCGGCCAAUAGGGUCCCUUUUAGGUUCUCGUUUGUCCGUCCGUCCGUCUAGUCUUUGGGGUUUUCUGAUGUGCUGCUCUCUCAGCACCGUAAGGUCAACAUUGGCUGAUGGGCAAGGAAAUAUCCUCUACUAUCCACUACCUAACCUAACUAUGAGCUCAUGCUUAGGUUACUCUAUAGAACCCAACCAAAGGAAAAAACCUUUUUUAACAAAAUAAAUCCGUCGAGAGUCAACCGUCUGUAUGCCUGCCUGUUUAUGGUCAGAGAAACUUUUUGGACUACCUUAUGGACACUGGGGUAUGCGACAGCGUCUAGGUCCCUCGGUGGAGUAGCGACAGGAGUUUUGGAUAUGCCAAUUGCAGCAGCUGAAGUCUUUUAUACGUGUGGCAGUGGAGGUGGAGGAGUCUUGACUUUCGCUUUUAUUUUUAGACUUAAGUUUUAAGCUUUAAAUUUUACAUUAUAUGAUUUGAUUUCUUUUCAGUGUUUUCUUCUUUAAUAAAUCUUUCUUUUUCUUUUACAGGUUUUUUUUUACAGCUUUACUUUCUUUAAGCUUUCCGAUUUCUUUUAUUCUUUUAUUUUUCAAGUUAUUUUAAAUCAUUGUAAAAUUUUUUUAAAAUAUAUAUAUAUACACAUAUAUACUGUUUUUAGAAUUUUGCCUUAUAUUUGUAACUUUUUCUAUAGCUUUAAGAUGUUCACUAAAACUUUACAUUUGUUUUGAAUUAUUCCUUUAGUUUUCACCACUUUGUUUAUUCUGUGACACCGCUCAAUAAACACAUUAAAUUUUUCUUUUGCUAA